CGAUGUAAACAUCAACAGCUGUGUGCCUGCGUGUUUGUUGUGCUGCGCUGUAAUAUAGUAGACUUGUAAUAUAUUUCUACGUGGAUUAUAAAUUUUCUUUGACAAUGAAUAUAUUCAAAUUAAUGGAAAUUAGUGCAGCACAAGCCACCAGGUGCACUGUGGAAGCAACUGUUGCUAGUGGUCUAGAAUCAGUUCCAGCAAGUGAAUUCAAGAACGCUUUUCUCGCAGAACAUUGUACUUCUCGAGGAAGAGUAUUUGCUAACGUCUUAUCGAGUCAAAUUCCAGAGGUACUUCAGAUGCGAUCGGUGGACAAUCUUUCAUUAGUUGCGGAAGUAACAAAGGACAUAACUUUCAGCACGGCUGAUAAGGAACAAGAUCUCAAGAAAUUGGAGAAGCUAGCUUAUGCAAUCCACUGGGACAAGACACUUUUACUGUGGAAGAAAAGUACAGAUUUUCAUGGAAUUCUGUAUCCUACAAGAGACCAGUAUGUUGCUUCUUUGGCUGUAGAAAAAGAAUUAAAAAUUAAACUGGAAUCUUCACUACAAGAGAGUGUUUCUGAAAUUGAUAAUGAUCAGAAUAUGGAAAAAGAACAUGAAGUACAAGAAGAAAGUCAGUCUCUGAAUAAUAACAUUUGCAGAGAGAAGAAAGCUGCUAAUAUUUUACUAUACAAUCAGCUGGAUUCUAGAAAAUUGUCUGAGAAAGUCCUGAAGUUCAGAGUCACUUGCUACCAUACUGGUAGCCAUGCAUUUGGAUCCCAGGAGGCUGCCACUGCCUUUGGAGGGACUCUCCAGGAUAUAUUUAAUUGGGUUGUAGACUUGACAUACUAUGACCUGGAAAUUGUUCUGAACAUAAAAGAGGAUUUUGUUUACGUGACUGUUCCGCUGACAAAGGAGUCUUUGCACAGAAGAAGCAUAACCUAUUUUGGACCAACAACACUUCGUUCGACAAUAUGCUACGGCAUGUUGACAAUAGCAUCUCCAGAAGUUGGAGACAUAAUUAUUGACCCAUUAUGUGGUGGAGGCUCCAUACCAAUUGAGGGUGCACUUUCUUUUCCUGGAUCAUUGUUCCUUUCUGGAGACAUACACCCAAAAGCUAUUGAACGAACCAAAUUAAAUAUCAAUGAGUUGACAGCAAAACAUGUGUCGAACAUAGAUGUUUUCAAUUGGGAUGCUCAAAAAUUACCCUUGAAAGACUCAUGUAUAGACCUUUGUGUAACAGAUUUGCCCUUUGGAAAAAGAAUGGGAUCAAAGAAGAAUAACAGCACACUUUACGUAAGACUGCUGUUUGAACUAGCAAGAGUCAUGAAGACAUCUGGAAGAGCUGUGUUUUUAACAUAUGACAAGGGAAAUUUUGUAAGAGCUGUGUCAACAACACAUGGGCUUUUUAAGAUGAUAAGAAUACUGACAGUUAAUAUUGGUGGACUGGCAGCUCGUCUUUAUGUAAUUCAAAGAACAGCAAAGGAGUAUCAGCAGUCUCUGCCACUGGAAGUCAAGAAAAGGCGAAAGAAGAAAAAUAAACUGGAAAAGUGAUUUGUGCCUUAAUGUUGGCGCUCAAGGACCAAAGACGUUCACUGUGACUGGCCAGCAUUACUGCGAUAUGCUUCGCCAACAUGUCAUACCUGCCCUACAGGAGAGAGACGCAUUGAACUCCACAGUUUUCAUACAAGAUGGGGCCUCACUGCACGUUGCGCAUGAAGUUCACCUGCUUUUCCAAAACACAUAUGGAAAGGAUCGAAUUAUCAGCUGAUCAUUUGCAACUGCUUGGCUGGCACAAUCAUCUGAUCUCACUCCCUGUGAAUUCUGAAGGACAGGGUUUACCCGGGGAACAUUCACACACGUGCUGAUCUGAAGUGCAGCAUAUCAAGAGAGGAAGCCAGCAUAUCUACAGACAUGCUUAGUUCUUCUGUGCUGAAUGCAAUUCUGGACACUGAUGGGCGCCAUAUUGUGCCCCUUCUGUAGCAGUAAUGCUACCGGUAUGUAAUGGUACUAUGUACUGUAGCAGCACAUUAAAAAUGUUUCGAUUGGAUUGAUUUUGCAUUAUUUCUCUUUCCUUGUCCUUGAUGUUAAUGCUACCAAGUUUGGUACUCUUACGGUAAUUAGUUUCUGUGUUAUAACGUGUUAAAUAGUGAAAGUUUAAUUAUAACCACCUGGUAUAUAUAAACUACUGGCCAUUAAAAUUGCUACACCACGAAGAUGAUGUGCUACAGAUGCGAAAUUUAACCGACAGGAAGAAGAUCCUGUGAUAUGUAAAUGAUUAGCUUUUCAGAGCAUUCACACAACGUUGGCGCUGGUGGCGACACCUACAACGAGCUGACAUGAGGAAAGUUUCCAACCGAUUUCUCAUACACAAACAGCAGUUGACCGGUGUUGCCUGGUGAAAUGUUGUUGUGAUGCCUCGUGUAAGGAGGAGAAAUGUGUACCAUCACAUUUUCAACUUUGAUAAAGGUCGGAUUGUAGCCUAUCACGAUUGCGGAUUAUCGUAUCGCGACAUUGCUGAUCGCGUUGGUCGAGAUCCAAUGACUGUUAGCAGAAUAUGGAAUCGGUGGGUUCAGGAGGGUAAUACAUAACGCCGUACUGGAUCCCAACGGCCUCGUAUCACUAGCAGUCGAGAUGACAGGCAUCUUAUCCGCAUGGCUAUAACGGAUCGUGCAGACACGUCUCGAUCCCUGAGUCAACAGAUGGGGACGUUUGCAAGACAACAACCAUCUGCACGAACAGUUCGAAGACGUUUGCAGCAGCAUGGACUAUCAGCUCGGAGACCAUGGCUGUGAUUACCCUUGACGCUGCAUCACAGGCAGGAGCGCCUGCGAUGGUGUACUCAACGACGAACCUGGGUGCACGAAUGGCAAAACGUCAUUUUUUUUGGAUGAAUCCAGGUUCUGUUUUCAGCAUUGUGAUGGUCGCAUCCAUGUGUCGCAUCCAUGUGAACGCACAUUGUAAGCAUGUAUUUGUCAUCGCCAUACUGGCGUAUCACCUGGCGUGAUGGUAUAGGGUGCCAUUGGUUACAUGUGUCAGUCACCUCUUGUUCGCAUUGACGGCACUUUGAACAGUGGACGUUACAUUUCAGAUGUGUUACGACCCGUGGCUGUACCCUUCAUUCGAUCCCUGCGAAACCCUACAUUUCAGCAGGAUAAUGUACGACCUCAUGUUGCAGGUCCUGUACGGGCCUUUCUGGAUACAGGAAAUGUUUGACUGCUGCCCUGGCCAGCACAUUCUCCAGAUCUCUCACCAGCUGAAAACGUCUGGUCAAUCGUUGCCGAGCAACUGGCUCGUCACAAUACGCCAGUCACUACUCUGGAUGAACUGUGGUAUCAUGUUGAAGCUGCAUGGGCAGCUGUACCUUUACACGCCAUCCAAGUUCUGUUUGGCUUAAUGCCCAGGCGUAUCAAGGCCGUUAUUACGGGCAGAGGUGAUUGUUCUGGGUACUGAUUUCUCAGGAUCUGUGCACCCAAAUUGCGUGAAAAUGUAAUCACUUGUAAGUUCUAGUAUAAUAUAUUUGUCCAAUGAAUACCCGUUUAUCAUCUGCAUUUCUUCUUGGUGUAGCAAUUUUAAUGGCCAGUAGUGUAUACAAAAAUUGAAGUUACCACCUAGCUUCCAUCUGUGUUUGCAGGCUAAUCUCAGGAGCUGCUGCAGGGAAUUCGGUUCAUUUUAUAGUAAUAGAUACACUGACCUAUGAGGAAGAUUUUUGUAUAUAAUUUAUAAACAUUUCAUAUUACUUGGCUGGAUUACAAUGAAUUAAAAUUAAGUUGUGAAAUGGCUGCAAUAACUCGAGAGAGCAGCAGUAUCUUGAGUUAGGAGAAAGUGUGACUGGUGUGCUGGUCUAGUCGUAUAGUGUUUGACUAAAAACUGAAAGGUUGUGCGAUCGAAUCCUACUGGGUCAAUUUUUUUCACUCUGGCUUUUAACCUAGCAUUCACCUGUCAAUGAAGGGAGAUUCACCAGAAAUGAAAUGUGGCUCAAAUUCCACAGUGCACUAUAGCCACCCUUUCCAUGAUUAGAUAAAUGGUUAGGCACAUGCAAGUUGCCUAAGUGACACUCAAUUGAUUAGUCAUUAAAGAGCAACUGCAUAGUGAAAAACGUGAAUGUUGGAAACUUGAAGUUUUGAAUUAUUUAUGAUUAGAGUAAAAUGCAGUAUGGGAUGUAAAUAGUAUUGUAGUAAACGGAAAUAAUUUAAAAUAAAAAUAAUUUUUAGCCCUACAGUAUUUUAGUCAAAUUUGUAAUUAUUCACUAUAUGAAU